AUGGCCCCUUCUGUCCUUCUGUCGAGCCCGGCUCCAACGUCUACCUCAAAAGCAUCGCUGACGGAGCAGGUCCAAUUGUCGCCUCCGCUCCCCAAUCCCUCUCUCCAGAUUACAGCGGAUCACAAUCUCAAAUUUGUCCCCGCCCCGGUGUAUGCGCCACAGCGAGGUGAGGUCCUGCUGCAAAUCAAAGCCACUGGCGUCUGUGGGUCCGAUAUCCAUUUCUGGAAAACUGGUCGCAUUGGGGAGCUGGUCUUCGAAGGGGAUUGCAUAAUUGGCCAUGAAGCAGCGGGGGUGGUGCUGAAGUGUGGCGAUGGAGUGACCCAUCUGCAGCCUGGUGACAGAGUCGCCGUCGAGCCUGGGGUUCCGUGCGAACAUUGCUUCCUCUGUGACGACGGUCGCUACAACCUUUGCGAGGACGUCCAGUUUGCGGGAGUAUAUCCUUAUGCGGGUACCAUCCAACGUUACAAGGUGCACCCGGCCAAAUGGUUACACAAGCUUCCGGACAAUAUCUCCUAUCUUGAAGGAGCUCUCCUCGAGCCACUUUCGGUCGUCAUGCGCGGUAUUCAGGUCGCCCGCCUUCAUUUAGGUCGCGCUGUUGUUGUCUGCGGCGCCGGGCCUAUUGGACUGAUCGCCCUCGCAGCUGCUCGGGCAUCAGGGGCCCACCCCAUUGUCAUCACAGAUAUUGAGCCAAAACGACUCGCCUUUGCCAAGGAAUUUGCGCCUUGGUGCAAUACAUACCAGGUUAAUCCGGCACUAGAUGCGGAAGGCAACGCUAAGGCAAUCCGAGCACUUUUUGGUCCGGACGAGUACAACGCCCCAGAAACUGUAUUAGAGUGUACUGGUGUUGAGAACAGUGUGUGUACCGCAGCAUUCACCGCUCGUCGAGGUGGUGCGGUGGUGGUUAUCGGCGUUGGAAAAGCAGUGAUGAAUAAUUUGCCAUUCAUGCAUAUUUCUCUGGCAGAAAUCGAUUUGCGGUUUAUCAACCGGUACCGUGAUACAUGGCCGCCUGCGAUUGCGUGUCUCACUGGGGGCAUACUGGACCUGAAGAAGUUGGUGUCGCAUGUUUUCCCACUAGAAAAGGCAGUGGAUGCCUUGAAUCUGUGUGCGGAUCCCAGAAACGGGAGCAUCAAGGUGACCAUUGUGGAUGAGGUUGAAGCAACGCUGUAA